AUGUCUACAUUAGGGAUUCUCCCCACACCCGACGACGAUCCUAUGCCAGACGUCAUGAAUGAUCCUCAAUAUGCGACCAAUACUACAAAUGGGAAGGAUGAUAAUGGUGAUCCAGACACUUGCAGAAUAUGUAGGGCCGAGGCGACGGAGAGAGAACCUCUGUUCUACCCUUGCAAAUGUAGUGGGAGUAUCAAGUUCGUUCAUCAGGAUUGUUUGAUGGAAUGGCUAUCGCAUUCGCAGAAGAAACACUGUGAACUUUGCAAGACACCUUUUCGAUUCACCAAGCUCUACUCGCCCAAUAUGCCGCAGUCAUUACCUACUCGCGUUUUCCUAAAACAUUUUACCUUCUACAUCAUCAAGAACAUGGCUACAUAUUUAAGAUUUUUUCUGGUGAUUUUUGUUUGGCUUGUAGCCCUCCCAUUCUUCAUUCGACAAGUAUGGCGAUUUUUAUUCUGGUUCAGCGAUGGAGGGACACCAGCCCGGAGCUCGGCAAUCAAUCUCAAGCGGAAUGAAACGGCUUCAAGGGCUUUGGAAAUUGCUCGCGAUGUUGCGAAUUCUGCUUGGGAUGAGGGGGUGACACCUGUAACGCCUCUCAAUACUAGUCAUACUUCGCCCGCUGGAAUCGGAGGAGUCAUGGAAAAGCUGAUGGCUAUCAUCAUGCCCAUUUCUCAAACACUCAAUAUCAGUGGCUCGGACCCUCUCACAGCUGGUUUCUUCAAGUCUCUUUAUUACGGCUUGGGAAUGACCAGUGCAGUCCCUUUGGACGCCUCAAUCAACGGCACAGGCAUGUUCUCAACGGCGUCCCUAUCUGGGGCUCAGGGUGAUUCGCUCCUAAGUAACGUCUCUUUCUUAGCAAAUAUGACUAGGUCCCCCUGGUUGAAUCAAGCCAUUGUCGACAUGACCGAGGGUUAUAUCAUAACUAUAGUGAUCGUGGUUACUUUUAUUCUUGUCUUUUUGAUCCGUGAAUGGGUAGUUCAACAGCAACCUGUAAUCAAUAUGGGCGCAGCGUUUAAUGCGGACAUGGCUGCCGGUGGUGCAGGUCCUCGUGAAGAUUUACCUGUUGAUGUCCAUGACCUCCAAGAACAAAUGGAGGAGCGCAUCCGAAUACAAAGGGAGCGUCUUGACCAAGUUCGUGAUAGAGCGAUCGCUCAUGCUCGAAGAGGCCGGAAUAACAAUGGUGAGCCUGGUGUUCAACCGGCUGUACCAGCAGAGAUACGCAACCUUAAUGGCCCUCUACCUUUAGCUAACUUCGAUAUUGAACCUGUUUCAGGAGUUGAAACUGGUGAACUAAGAAUUCCACCUUUGACCUUCAAUAGGCAGCUAGAUCCUUCUGACCCAGAAGUUCAGCUCACCGAUCAAUUCUCAGCCAUAUGGCGCCGAGCGGGAGGAGACCCUAAAGAGGUGUUGGAAAUAAUAGACCAGGAAGGGUUAGGAGACCGAAUGCAGUAUUGGGUCGAUGCCAUGAAUCUACGGUUGCAAGGUGGAGAUUCUCAAGUGGCUAACCAUAUCGAUACAGCCAAAUCAGCCAGUAGUAGUAGGGUCCCACUGGUAUCAGAUCCACACCGAACUGCCAAUAUGAGCAAUGUAGCUAAGUCAGGAAAGGUGGUUGAGGUGGACAAGGGCAGUGUCAGCUCGGGUAUUUUGGAGGAAGCGCCCCAGUAUCCUCAGAAAAAACACAAUAAUUCGACGUCAAAUGGAGAAUCCAGCCGGAGCUCCGUCUGGAUCUCAGCAGAUGACGAGAAUAACAACGAAUUGAAUGUGACAUCGGGGCAUUGGCGGAGGGAAGAGAAUUCUCACUCGAAUAUUGCAGAUGAAAAUGAGGCCAAGUAUCCGAUGAUUUCGGGUGGGCGGACUCCUGCAUUCCCCAAUCGAGAGCCGUAUCCGCUUCCACUAUCUCAGAAUAGGCCCAGGGCUAUCUCAGAUGUUCCUCAUUGCCGCGACAAGUCACCAUUAGGCCGGAAUAAUUGGGCAUUCUCCGAUCUUCCCGAUGAAGACUUUUCUGAUCACAAUCUUCACCUGUUUCAGAGUAAAGGCCCUAACGAAAGUGACAUGAUUUCCAUGUCCCGAAAGGCGGUAGAUGGUUUGGGUUUGCACGAAGGGGCGAUCUCAGAAUCAGAUGUUGGUCCGAGCAAUGCGCAAUCACCUCCUCAAACCCGGGAUGAUCAGACCUACAAUCUGGAUUAUGAUGGUCCAUUGGAGAUAGUUGGCCAAGAUGGUGUAAGUCGAACCGCUGAGAAUUGGGAAGAAGUUUUCGAAAACAACCCCAUCUCAGAUGACGACGAAGAUAAUUUUGAUGAAACGGAAGAAAAUCCUUUUGCUCCGGACACCCCUCUACCACCACCUCAGCGAGAAGCCAUUAUUCCACAUCGACCAGCGGAACCGGAAGGUAUCGUUGGGAACAUUGCAAAUUGGCUCUGGGGUAGACCUGGGGUUGCUUUACGAGAAGAUGAUAUGGGUGCGAAUGAUGAACAUGUAAUUGAAGAUAUUGCAGCUGAGGCCCCAUUUGUACCAGUGGCACAAGCCCGUCGCGAUGACUUUGACCGCAGGGGGGCUGAAAAUGAAGAGAUCAACGGAGCACACGAAGCUGCCAUUGUAGAAGCCGUCGAUCCUGAAGGAGAUAUAGAAGAUGGUGAGGAUUUUGAUGGUAUAAUGGAACUCGUCGACACUGCAUUAGUGGUCUUGGGGCUCUUGUCGUACUGCUUCAUUGCUAUCGCUCAAAUACCACUACGUCUACUUGCUCUCUCCAGCUUACAGGGAGGACAGGAUGCGCUUAGACUAGCUCAAGCUGCUUUCGAACGAGUUGUGAAUGGCACCGUUGAUAGUAUCAUCCACAUUGCGGAUUCUGAGAUAUUCACGUUUUCAGCUGCGUCACAUGAAGCUCUGAUGGUGAUCAAAUCUAACUUCUUGGGUGCACUUGCGACUAUCGGGAACGGAUUUAUGUUUUUGUUAUCAGGAAGUUAUCAAGUGACCGUCUCACAUAUCGAAAACCUGGUAACUUCUCUGGUCGAAGCCGUUGUAUCCUUUGUCUUUGGAAUACCCGCAUUCUUAGCACGGCCCGAUUCUUGGGUUAUUAGUCUAGAAGUCCCCAAACGAUUAGCACCAUUGGAUCCAGCAUUAAGUGUGUGGGGUGGGCUGGAUCGGACGUUGGCUACGCUGGCAGGUUUCACGACCCUUACUGUAUUGGGUGGCCUUUACGUCAGGAGAGGUACACCAUUCUCAACAGAGCAGGGUAAUGUAAGAGAUGUGGAAAAUGGGGUGAUUGAUAUGCUCAACCAGGCAGGUGGAGUCAUGAAGGUGAUUUUCAUCAUCAGCAUCGAAAUGCUUGUCUUCCCCUUGUAUUGUGGCCUUCUACUUGAUGCAGCUCUAUUGCCACUAUUCGAAGGGGCUAGUAUCAUGUCUCGUCUCAAUUUCACUAGUCGGUCACCUCUUACCUCAAUAUUUGUACAUUGGUUUGUUGGAACGUGUUAUAUGUUUCAUUUUGCCUUGUUUGUAUCCAUGUGUAGGAAGAUAAUGCGGAAGGGAGUUUUACAUUUCAUUCGUGACCCUGAUGAUCCGACGUUUCAUCCUGUUCGUGAUGUGUUGGAACGAAACGUGACAACCCAACUACGAAAGAUUUUGUUUAGCGCUUUAGUUUACGGGGCUUUAGUCGUUGUUUGUUUAGGUGGGGUAGUUUGGGGACUCGCAUUUGCAUUCAAGGGCGUUCUUCCGAUCCACUGGUCCUCAAAUGAGCCGGUGCUAGAGUUUCCGGUUGAUCUUCUCUUUUACAACUUCUUAAUGCCUUUGGCAGUCAGGUUCUUGAAACCUUCUGAUGCUUUACAUUCGAUGUAUAGCUGGUGGUUCCGUCGUUGUGCUCGGUGGUUGAGGUUGACCUGGUUCAUGUUUGAUGAAAGACAGCCAGAUGAGGAGGGUCAAAUUGUCCGCCGCUCGUGGAGGGAGUAUUUCCUAGGCCCAAUGUCCCAAUCCUCGGAAAAUGCUAGCGACGAUAACAUUCAACUCAUACACGAUGGACGAUAUGUAAGAGCACCCGCAUCAGAUCAAGUCAAGCUACCAAAAGGUACAAGGACAUUCCUCGAGGUAGACCGUAACAACAACCGCUUGGAUGACGUUAAGGACAGCUUUGAUGGUGUUCAUGGACGGAAUCCAGAGAAUUAUAAGUUGGUUUACGUACCACCAUGGUUCCGCCUGAGAAUUUCAACAUUCAUUCUUUCCAUCUGGCUCUUCGCUGCAGCAACUGGAGUUUGCAUCACCAUCGUGCCGUUGGUAUUUGGAAGAUAUAUAUUCGCAAAAGUUAUCCCAGCGGAUGUUCGUAAGAACGACGUGUAUGCUUUCUCCAUUGGAAUAUACAUACUAGGGAGCGCACUAUAUGCUCUCUUACAUCUCCGAACCGGUUUGGCAACGCUUCGCAAUUCGCUUUAUAUCAAUGGAGACACGCCAAGCAUAAUAUUCACCCGCCUAGUAAAAGUUACUGUUCGUCUAGCCCGAAUCGUAUGGACUUACACAGCUUUCAUCCUUGUCCUUCCUACUCUAUUUGCUUUCCUCGUGGAAUUUUAUUUUAUCAUCCCCAUGCAUACUUACUUCUCGCCGGACGAGAGGCACGUGGUCCACUUUGUACAAAGCUGGACACUGGGCCUCUUAUAUGUUAAGUUGACCACGAGAAUCAUUCUAUGGCAUGAGGGCAGUCGACCAGCUGAAGCACUACGUGCUGUUACUAGAAAUGGUUACUGGAAUCCGGAUGCAAGGCUGGCUACGAGAUCUUUCAUCUUCCCAGCCACCCUUGUGCUCUCCAUAGCUCUUGGUGUUCCCUAUAUCCUCGCUCAAUUCGCAACUAGAACGUUCUGGAGAGAUGGUACUGAAUUAGAGUUAAUACAUGUGCAUAGAUACGCUUAUCCUAUGGUUCUGGCCAUGCUAGGCACGAUUUGGGCCAUCUGGAAAAUGGCGGAGAUGGUGAGAGGGUGGAAACAGAAGAUUAAGGACGAGGUUUAUUUAAUAGGGGAGAGGUUACACAAUUUUGGGGAUAAUAGAAAGGUAGUUGGAACUGCCACUGGCUUGGGGGGUAUGGGCGUAAGGAGGAUUGAUACAUGA